AAAGAACGUUGUUCAAUCAGUAUAAUAAACGCCAACAUGUCACAUGCAUUUCAAUUAGCAAUUUAAACGUUUUACCCAGCAAAUAAUUAAUCAUUGAAACUAUUUCAAAUGUCAUAAAUCUCACAGUAAACAAAAACCAUAUAAAAGCUGAACUGUUUACCAUUACGUCCUCACUUCAUUUUUUUUUCGCAAAUAUGCACGCCAUAUUUGUAUGCGUGGUGGCUUGUUUGGUGUUUUGCCAAGUUGGUUUAAAUGCCAGCAAGCACCAUGUGAAAUCGAAACAAAAACAUCACGCAAUUACAAAGGCAAAGCCGGUGGCUAACAUAUCUCGCGUGGUGAAAAUCAAUGAAAUGGCGGAUGUUCUCAUCAGAGAAGCCCCAAUGCUCAUGGACAAGUUACACUUGGAUCCUUUUGAAGCCCCAGAUCAGAAACAAUUCAUAUUCCCGGUGAAUCUAGAUUUGACUGAUAUAAAAAUUUAUAACCUAACCUCAAUUCAACGCACUUCCGAUGAUGUCGUCAUUUUGGAUAAUCAAGACCUGGGGCAAAUGUCAAUCAGUUUGCAUUUAAUUUUCACGAAAGUAGAACUGCAUUCUGGAUAUAAAGCAUCCAUAAAACCGUUACUUUUGCCCGCAGUUAGUACGAAAGGCUCUUUGGUAGCUAAAGUGCCUGAAAUUAAUGUUGACAUAGACGUUAUCGUUGAUUUUGAAAAUAUUAAUGUCACUUUAAAAACAUUGCGCUUGACAAUGAAGAAAAGAUUGGAUGUCAAAUUAUCUGACAGCUUGGAAGGACAACUCGCUAAUCUUGCAUUGCCCACCAUCACGACAAUUCUGCAAGGCGUCAUCCUGCAAGUUAUCCAAAAUCCACUUAAAAGUGAAAUCAAUUCUAUCUUACACUCAAUCACAGGUAUGCUACACAAAUACCUGGAUGGAAUGAAUGAGAAAGAAUCUUAAAAUGUACCGGAAACUAUUUCAAUAAACGCCCAAAAGUAUUCGUACGCAAAAUAAA